UCGACACCACAGGCGUUUUAAAAGCUGCACAAAAUUGGUUUACAAAGUGGCAUUCCGGUUGUGCUACAUACUUAUUAUGGUAGUGGAUAAGGAUGGGAAGGUCGUGGGAAGUGGAAAUUGUACAUAUUCGGUGUUAAAAGAGAGGGAACUCAAUGAGGUAGAAUUUGUUUCUAGGAAAGGAAGGGCGAAUAAAAAUAAAAAUAUUAUGAGGUUUUGUAAAAUAAAAGAAGUAUUUUAAAAUAAUUAAAAUUCUAUUAUAGCUAGAUUUUUUAAAAAGAAUUAGUAAAAUUGUA